AUGGAGUUGCAGAAUGACAACUUGUGCUUAAGGAGCAGGCUAAUAACUGUCUCACAAGCAAAGGUUGAAGAGAAUGAAAGGGCACAACAGACAGUGAACAUGAUGGGGGCACCAUCGACAAGUGAGUAUCAGCAGCAGGGUUUUAUUCCUUAUGACCCAAUAAGGAGCUUCCUGCAGUUCAACAUCAUGCAGCAGCCUCAGUUUUACUCUCAGCAGGAGGACCGGAAAGACUUCAACCUAGAAAACAUGAGCCCAUAG